UUUGUUUUUCAAUUCUAAAAGGGGAAACCUGACUACAAAUACUUUUAAAAAUUGACCAGUUCUAUUUCUAAUUUAUCAUUAUGAAAAGUUAGAACACCACGUAAUAUAUUUUGCCAAAAAUUUUCCUAGUCUGUAGUGAGGCUGCCAACUAUAACAUGGGGACAUAAAGGAUCGUGUUCUUUUACUUUGCUUUCAAGUUUGGAGGGAAGAAUCAAAAUUCACUGGUGGGUCUCCUCUGGUAAGCUUUCGUGUUACAAAAUGAAGCCUUCAGAUGAUGAAAGAAUUAAGUCACUGGAGUUAUCCCAUGGCCAGUGUUUCCUCUUAUCACAGCUGACAGCAUCAGGCUGUGGGUUUCUGGCUGCUUGUCACACAUGGGAGAGCACAGAGGAGGAGGAGUGGGGUGGAUCAACCUUUUCUUCCCGGGGCAGUCAUUCUGUGCUUUGAGGCUUUUCCUCUACCCACAUGUUGACCGUCAUCCUCUUCCAGAGAGCCAUCUGUUACUGAUCUCAGAAGAGAAAUAUAUUGAACAAUUUCUUAUCCAAGUCAUCCAAGAAGAUGGAAAUAGAACGGUGAUUAAAAAUUCUGACCGACUCCCAAGACAGAGAGUAGCAGAGGAUUUUGUUUGGGCUCAGUGGGAUAUGGCAGAGCAGAGAUUAUACUACAUCGACCCAAAGAAAUCAAGGAGUAUCUUAAAAUGCAUCCAAUUUUGUGCUGAUGAGAAUUUUACCCUAAUGUUUGAAGCACCUUUGGACAUAUUAUUAAGUAACUCAGGAUUUAAACUUGUCAACUUUGGAUGUGGUUAUCUUCAAGACCAAGAGAAUUUACCCAAAUACCCGACUCUAUGUGUUUUUACCAACCAUACAGGAAGUUUAUGUGUGUGUUACAGCCCGAAGUUUGACUCUUGGGAACAAGUCACAUAUUCAGUGUUUUACUUUCAUAAAGGGUAUAGCAAGACCUUCACUGCUGCUCUUGGGAGUGCUCACUCACAUGUGAUAAAGGGCAUUACUUUUCUUAACCUUGACUAUUACGUGGCUGUUUACUUACCUGGUCAUUUCUUUCAUCUACUUAACAUUCAACAUCCAGACCUGAUCUGCCACAGUCUGUUUUUGACAGGAAACAGCCAAGUGAUUGAUAUGCUUCCUCAUAGUCCUUCACAGUCAUUUUCAGGGUCCCUGGUACUGGAUUGGUGUUCUGGAAAGCUCUAUCGAGCGUUCCUUAACCAGCCCUAUUUAUUAGAGUUCCUCUGGAACACCCGGCUAGACUGGGAGAAGAUGGCCCUGUUGCACUGCACACUGGCGUGUGGCCAGGACCCACAGUUUCUGGAAGCCCAGAUUAUUCAGUGGAUUUCUGAGAACAUCUCUGCUUGCUAUUUAUUUGACCCCAUUCAGGAAUUUAUAAUUGCUUCUUCCUAUUGGAGCAUAUACCCAGAGACAAGUAACAUGGAUAAACUUUUGCCAUAUUCCUCAGUGCUCACUUGGAAUACAGAAAUUCCUGGGAUAACCCUUGUGACGGAAGAGAUCACAUUGCCUCUAAUGAAGGUUUUGAAAAAAAAUCCUUUGGAAGUAAAUAAGCUUGGUGGGAAGGUACAUAGCUUUAAGAACUACUGGGAAAAACUGAACGCCAACCUGGAAUAUGUUAAGUACUCCAAGCCACACUUACACUAUAAGAACAGCGUGGUCAGGAGAGAAUGGCACAGCCUGAUCUCAGAAGAGAAAACAGGAAAAAGAAGGUCCAAGGUGUAUGUGAAGAAUAUUCUUGAUAAUGCAGUAAAGGUGAUUUCUAACCUAGAAGCAAAGACUUUGGUUUCAGAGCCAAGAUUGGCACCCCUCUUCCAGGAGGAAGACAACCACCAGAGGCUGCUUGUGGGGCUGAUGGUGUCUGAACUAAAAGACCACCUUUUGAGACACCUACAGGGUGUAGAAAAGAAGAAAAUUGAACAGAUGGUUCUGGACUACAGUUCAAAACUGCUGGAUCUCAUUUGCCAAAUACUGGAAACCAGUUGGAGGAAACAUAAUCUUCAUCCCUGGGUUCUCCACUUCAACAGGCGAGCUAGUGCUGCUGAAUUUGCAGUCUUCCACAUCAUGACCAGGAUUUUGGAAGCUACUAGCAGUUUGUUUUUACCUUUGCCUCCUGGUUUUCACACUCUGCAUACGAUCCUUGGCGUCCACUGUCUCCCUUUGCAUAACCUGCUGCAUUACAUUGAUAAUGGGGUGUUGCGUCUCACAGAGACAGCUGUCACAAGGCUCAUGGAAGAUCUGGACAACACAGAGAAAAAUGAAAAGCUAAAAUUCAGCAUCGUUGUGCGGCUUCCUCCGCAUAUAGGUCAGAAGAUCUGUCGACUUUGGGAUCAUCCUAUGAGUUCUAACAUUAUUUCCCGGAACCAUGUGAAGCAGCUGCUUCGGAACUAUAAGAAACAGCCUUGGAGUUCUAUGAUUGACAAGUCAUCGUUCAGUGUGGAAUUUCUGCCUCUGAACUACUUCAUUAAAACACUGACAGAUAUAGAAUCCUCCAAUCAAGCUCUGCAUGCUUUUCUAGGACAUGACAAUGUGGAUGCAAAAUUUGUGGAAGAAGCAGCUCUGAAACACACUAUGAUGCUUUUAGGCUUAUAAAGAAGAAAAUAUAAUUGUAUCAGCUUCCAAGUGUUAAUCUUGCUCAUUAGCUCAACUUCUACUGAGAAUUCUCUAGCAAUAUUUAAAAUUGAUUUCCAAAAUCAGAAUACACUGUUGGGCCAUCUGAAUUUCAGUCUGGUACUUGUUUGGAAGAAGUCAACUGCAGUACCUCAUCCAGUUUUGGACAGCAGAUGAGCCGUCAGGUGGGGAGAAAUGGCCGGCAGAACAAGGAAGCAGGUAGUGGCUGAAUGAUGCUCUUCCUAGUGGCUUCAUAGGCCACAAGAUAGUGUCUAUUGCACUCUGAAAUAAAAUACACUUAAAAAAUGUAGGGAAUAGUGCUUACAACAGCCAAAAACUAGAUGUGUCAUUGAAAAUAACAUAUGCCAAGUGGGAAAAAUUAAAUGUUGCACAAAAACGGUAUUUGUAAAAGAGGAUAGUUUUUAAAACACUGAAUUUGGACAAAUCUGCUAUUUCCAGUAUAGAAUAAUUUGUAACAUGCAGCAAUUUGUACAUACAGUCUGUUUAGAGUAAGA